GGUCUAUUAGUCUUCAUCGCCUUCUCUGCAACUCUGAAGUUAAAUACCAACAAGACAAUGUUCCAAAGAACCCUCCUUGGAUCCAGGAUGUGGGCUAAGUUACACAGACAAGCUCCUCUGGCCCUUGGAUCUGGAUUUGGUACUCCAAUUCAUGGGGUUUCCCAGUUUCCACAGAAUGCCCGUGCCUUUUCCGGUCUUACUCUUAUCCGUUCCUCGAUUUUUGGAACCAUGGGCACAAGGCUUGACUCACCCAGCAUAUCUACUAAUCUCUCCUCAACACAUGCUCUAAAUUUCAAGAGUUCCAUUCACUUCGGUAAACCAGCCGAGGAUGUGGCUGGAAGAACCACCACUCCCUUGAGGUCCAUGGAUUACGUCAAGGGAUUGCUCAACGAUAGGCUGAAUAACGACUCAAACCCGAGGGGCCUGCCACAUCAGCCCCCCCCUCGUGCCGACUCAUUCCGUGGCAAACUCCAAGAGAGAGGAGGGAACAACAGCUUUAACGGGCGGGCCCCACUCUACCAGCAGCCUCAGUUGGAGGCUAAUGCGGAUGUUGUCCACAUAAAACUGAUGCGAAACAACUCCUUUGUGACAGUUACGGACUCCAAGGGAAACAAGAAGUUUGGGGUCACGGCUGGACAGCUGGCGGGAAAAGGUGGCAAGCUGGGGCGGUACUCGGGUGAGGCGGCUGCCGAGAAUGUGGGGCGGAGGGUGAGGCAGAUGAAGACACGGUCAGUGGUCGUGAAGGUGAAUGGGUUCACGUUUUUCAGGAGGAAGAAAGAUGCUAUCUUGAGCUUUAGGGAUGGGUACUCGAAUUCGAGGAGUGAUGUUAACCCAGUCGUGUAUUUGGAAGACACGACACGUGGCGGCGACUUCCCUGUUCGGUCGUCUCACUCUUCACGGCAUGGCGUCUCUCCAGUUACAGGUGGCCCUGGCGGUUCUCGAGGGUGCUCCGACGUCUAUUCGGCAAGUUGCGGCCGCCGACGUUUUCCUUCGCUGCGGUGGGCGAAUGGCCUGAGACUGACGCCAUCUAGUCCCCUGGAUCCUACCGCCUCCUGGUGCUGGGGUGUUGGGGAGGGAGUGGUCGGCCGUCGUCGGUGGUGGUCGACUUCCGUGGCCAGGUUUGGUGUUGGGGGACUAGCUCGGUGUUGGGCUCUCGGUGUAGUCCGUGUUGGUUCCGGUGAUUGGAAGUUCUCGGUUUGUUGUGGGCGGCUGCGGAGGGCUUUGUUCCUUUUUUCAUUUUCGUUUUGUUUGUGCGUGUUGUUCAGUGUUAGUGGUUUAUUUUGUAUUUUUGUUGUUGUGUUGUUGUGUUCUCCUGUUGGGCGCGUGUUAUUCUCCUGUUGGGAGCUGUAUAGUUGUUGUGCUGUGGGUGAGCAACGUGAGUUAGUGUACUUGCUUAUAGGCUACAUUCGUAUAGGUCUCCUGGAUUUAGUUGUCUGA